UUAUGAAUAAAGCCAACGUUAAUAUUACAGACCAAUGAUAGCGAUUGUUUAGAAUGAAUUGGAACGAAUCAAGCCAAUAAACGAAUAGAAAUUUUAACAAGCAUGAAAGAAGAUACAAUUUGAGUGCAUAUAUGAGGUUCGAAUUUUAAGUGGCGGGAACAUUUCUGAAUUAUUUUACGUAAAAACACUUUUGUUUUAAUUUACAAUUAAACGAAGUCUUAUUUAAUGAUUACAUCGAAUUAACUUUAAAGAAAAUCAUGAAGUGCGUCAUACCUGGGGGAAAUGUGAAAAUUAUAGCAAAAGCCAUCCAUGCUCUAGCGAAGAUUGGAGAUGAAAUGUAUGUACAACCUCAAUCAAAUAGUUUGUCCUUUCGUGCAAUUAACAUGGCCAAUUCUGCAUACGCUGACUUUACUUUCUUUGAGAAUUACUUUUCGUAUUAUGUAUUCGACGAUCUUGAGGAAGACGAUGCUCUUAAGUGUAAAAUUUCUAUGAGGGUAAUAUAUUGUAAAAGUAGCGCUAUGACAGUCUUCAAAACACCAAAUAUGAUAGAUAAACAAGUAGAAACCUGUCAUAUUGAGUUAAAGCCAAAUGCAGAUUUUCUUUUUAUAACUUUAAAAUAUAAAAAUAGCAUCAUAAAGAAACAUAUUUUGCCGAUCAUAGAUAGUGAAAAAUUACAAGCUACAUAUAUCAAAGAUAAUGCGACCAAUCAAUUAUCCGCACAGUCUAUUAUACUUGGAGAUGCUAUACAAAAUUUCCAACAAAAUUUAAUUGAAAUCACUCUUGAAAUUCUACCACAAAAAGUUUUGCUUAGAAAUUAUACAGAUGAUACGUCUAACAUAGCUAAUGUAACAAGGACACAGUUGGUACUAGGUAGAGGUGAAUUUGAUCGAUAUUCAGUUAAUACAGAGACAACGAUUACAUUUUGUAUGAAAGAGUUGAAAGCAAUUCUUAAUUUUGCUGAAUUUGUUAAAUUACCAAUUAAUAUGUAUUUAGAAAGCGCAGGAAAACCUGCUGUGUUUGUAUUAAAAAAUUCAACUUUGGAAGUAAAUUUGGUAUUGUCUACUUUAAAUACUGAGGUUGAUAGCCAAUCUGAGACAACUGUUACUGAAAAAGCAGUCAAGCCUAUACGAAAGAGGGCUACAGUUAAAAGAUCAACAAAACGAUCAUCUAAAUCUUCGAAUAGUACAAAUAAUACAUCUUUUUCUAAUACUACAAUUAUAUCGAAGCGAAAGGAAUCAAGUGACAUAAAAAUAGGAAAAGAAGUGAGAAAUAAUGAUGCUCGUGUAUCAUCAAAAGAACAUAAUCAAAAUGAUAUUGUAACGGAUGCGAAUACAUCGAGUACAAAUGAUAUAUUCUCAAAACCUAAUGUAUCUAAUAAUGAAAAGAAAUUAGCACAUAAUAUAUUUUCAAACAUAUUAAAAAGAAAGUCUGGUGAAGGUUGUACAAAAUAUCUGGAUAAUGUCGCUGGAGAAAAGAACAAUGAUGAGUUAGAAAAUACUGUGCCUAAAUCGCCAUCUCCUCCGUCUAAGAAAGCACGCUUUAUCUUCAGAAAAUGUUUUCAAACAACAUUUGAUCCACGAAUGUUGCCUGGUCAUGAUACUAUUCUAGUUGAAGAUUCAGAUGAAAACAGCGAAUGACUUUGUUAUUUAUUUAAAAUAUUAUAAACUUUUAUAAACUUAUUUAAAACUUAUAAACUUUUGUCGGAUUAAAAAAUAUCUAUUUGAAAAUUUCUUCUUUCAACUUAUUAAUUUUAAAUUGAUAUAAUUGUCAAAUCUUUUGUUAAAUAUAACAGGUGAAGAAAUAGUAAUUAAGAUGCGUAAUGAAGCAAGUUAAAUAAAGUUGUAAGUAAAGUUCUUGAUCUCACUGGAUGCUACAAAAUGUUAACUCUUAAUUUUGUAUCAUAAUGUACAUAAAUAUUAUUAAACUAUGUCUUGUUCAUCGAUAAAUUAGAAAAAUGACUAAGUGAUCAAUUCAAAGUCCUUGUACGACAUUUUUAAUAAUAAAUAUCGAAUAAAUUUAGAAUAAUGUAUAACAAUUUUGAAAAAAAAUUCAUAAGUAUUGCAUAGGAGUAGGAUAAAAAAAAAUAUUUCUAUCUUUUUACUAAUGUUUCUUGCGCUAUCUAAUUAAUGAAUAUAUAUAUAUAUAUAUAUAUAUAUAUACAUAUGAAUAUGUAUAUUAAGUUCAUUAUACGACCAGUAGGUGGCGUAGUUUUGUGGUUAACCUGUAAAAGAGUUAAAACGGUGAUAUUGUGUAACAUAUUAAUAAUUUAUCGUUAUUAAAAAUUGACGCAACGCGAUAUAAAUUAUGAA